AUGGCUACGAGGCGGGGGAUGAAGGGAAUCGAUAGGAUAAGUGAAUUACCUGAUCCGUUGAUAUGUCAGAUUCUUUCUUAUCCUUCCGUGAAGGACGCUGUUAGGACAAGCGUUUUGUCCACCAGAUGGAGGAGUCUCUGGCUUUGGGUUCCUAAUGUGGUACUGUAUUCCCGAGAUUUCCCAGAUCUCCAUGUCUUCAAGAGUUUUGGGGACAGGUUUUUCAACUGCGGUAUGACGUCAUGCAUACAGAAGCUCCAGUUAUCUCUUUUCGACAAUGAAAACGAAUCUUAUCUCACGUCUUGGAUUGAUGCUGCAAGUAAGCGCAAGCUCAGGCAUCUUGAUGUUUGGUGUGUUCCAGAUUAUCAAACUUGUGAGAUCCCCAUAAGCGUUUACACAUGUGAGACACUUGUAACCCUAAAUCUCUGUGAGGUGAUCUUGCGUGAUGCUGGCUUUGUUUCCUUACCAUGUCUCAAGACUAUGCGUUUAAGAGAUUUACGGUAUCCCGAUGAUGCCACCUUUGAGAGACUUGUCUCCUGCUCUCCUGUCUUGGAAGAGUUGGAGUUUUCCGGAUAUUUUGAUGUUUCUCGAGUCUUUCGGGUGCACACUCCGUCACUGAAGAGUCUCAAAACACAAAUAUGGAACCGUGAUGGUAUGUUUCAAGUUGUGAUCGAUGCUCCUCAGGUACGGGUUUUGACGAUCUAUGACAACGACUCUGGAAGUUAUAUAAUCAAGAACUUGAGUUCCAGUUUCAAGCUUGAUAUUCUUCUCUCCUUUGGGAAAUGGGCUGAGGAAGAAAGGGUUUCAUCUAUGAGAAAUAGAAUCCGCCACUUCCUGCCCGGGAUUUCAAACGUUGGGGAAAUGAAAAUCUAUGUAGGAACUGUGAAGGUCUUUGGUCACUAUUUCAAAUUUGAAAGACUGCCUCAAUUUUAUUACUUGUCCCGCCUGGUUGCUAGAGUCAAUGUAUCGGAUUUAAAAUGGUUGCCAACAUUUCUCCAAUCCUGCCCAAAUAUUAAAUUCUUGGCUAUGAGCUUAGUUUAUAUGGGUGGUGGUAAGGAGGUCCGUCCGGAGGAGGUAGAGCAUUUCAGUUUUUCAUAUGUGCCAGAGUGUUCACUAUCGUCGCUAGAGUCUGUUGAUAUCCAAAGCAGCAUCAGAGGAACCGUUGCUGAGAUGAAGCUAGUAAGGUACUUUCUUGAGAAUUCCAUAAUUCUCAAGACACUGACUCUAGACUUGAAAUAUCGUGAAAACGAGUAUGCCAUCUUGAAGGAACUCCUGAAUAUCCCAAGACGCUCUAUCACAUGCCAAGUCUUGGUACGUUGA